AUGUCUCAUUUGUUCCACGAGCAUUAUAUCGACGCAAACUCGAGCGAAGGGUACAGGCUCCGGAAAUGCUUCGACCGAAUGAAAGGAUUUCCCCCUCUUAUCCCAGCAGAAGCCCCCAAUUCGAGCAUUCCAAGUAAGCCUAAUUCGGUCCUGACAUUGGUCGAUCCUGCAGAAGUCCCGACGCAGUUUCCUCAUACCACCGCGCCGGUCCUAUCCAGCAACCCUCUCCUUCCACGCGUCGAGACUUGCCCCGACCCACGAACUCAGGCAGGCAGCACCUUGAGCACUUCAUCGUUGAACAUGGAUGACUUCACCGAAGUCACGGCGAGGCGAACCCCCGCAAAUCCGAAGGCUUUGAUCUACCAGACGGCAGAUGGAUGGAAGGCAAUGGGACCGUUUGGUGUGGGCAAGCGCGAUGGGGACGACAUCUUCUACUCCUGGGAGAAGCGGCUCUGGACAUAUGUCAAAGAUGUGCAGUAG